CGACUUGCAAUAAAUUCUUUCUACAUUUAACACUUUCCCCGCUCUACUUCACACUUCCCCCAAAUACUUUCUGCCUUUUUUGCUUAACAAACACUCCUCUAAUUUCCAAACUCUAAAAUCCAAUCAAAACGACAAACAUUUUUGAUUCGUAGCCCUACGCAUAAGAUUCCGAACUAGUUUUCGUACGCAUAUUUCUUGAAUUUGCGUUUUUACGAUUACACUAGGGUUUUUGCCCAGAGUUUGGUGAUCAAAUGUUCUGGAUUUUAUCGGUAUAUCUAUUUUGAGUGAGCGAUGGAAGUGGAACAAUCAAAUCAAGGAAUGACAAUUGAAGAGGCGUCAAUGGAACAAAGCAUUGGAUUUGUUAAAGCCCUACAGGAACUCAAAAACUUAAGACCCCAGCUUUAUUCGGCAGCAGAAUAUUGUGAAAAAUCUUACCUUCACAGCGAUCAAAAACAGAUGGUCCUUGAUAACCUGAAAGAUUAUGCGAUUCGAGCCCUAGUCAAUGCUGUUGACCAUCUUGGCACUGUUGCUUACAAACUCACUGACCUUCUUGACCAACAGAGUUCAGAAAUUUCAUCAACAGAGUUACAUCUUACAUGUUUACAUCAACAACUUCUUACAUGCCAAACAUAUACGGAUAAAGAAGCCAUCAGACAGCAAGAAUUAUUAGCAGUUUUACCAAGGCAUCACAAACGUUACAUUUUACCUAAUUCUGUCAACAAAAAGGUCCAUUUUAGCCCUCAGAUUCAAACUGAUUCAAAUGCAAGACAAAGUAAUCUUCAACCACGAACUCGCCAAUUUACUUCAGGUACCCCAGCUUCAAAUACUCUUUCUUGGCAUUUAGCAACGGAAACUAAAUCUACUUUGAAAGGGGGUUCACGCCCAUUGAUGAGCAUGGAAGAACCAAAACCAUCUCGCCGAACUCCAUCCAAUGGUGAAGAGGGCAUGCAGAAAAGGGCAGAUAAUCUUCGGUUGUCGAAUGUGGGGCCUGCUUCUACCACAGCUAUGCAGACACUUGGCAUCAUUCAACGGGAUCCAAGUGAGGGUCAGAAGCCAAUGACACCGUUCCGAUCAUUUGACAACCAAACAAGACAUGAAAAGGAAAAGUCAAAGGCACCCGGUCGCAGCAAAAGUCUCUUAUCCGCUUUCUUUGUCAAACAAAAGCCAACCAAACAACAUCAACCCCCCAUUUCAUUUUCAUGAAGCUUCUACAAGUGAACGGGUGGGUGUAUGGGAAAGACCAAAGAAUAGUUUUACUAUGAAAGAGAAAGAGUAGUUAGUUAGUGAGUGUGGAGUGUGGUUGUAGUUUGGAGUUGUAUAUGGUGUGUGUAACAAAUGCAUAAAGUUUGUCUAAUAAAUACACAACUAAUCCUCAUCUUUAAAGAAACUUAACAAUACUUGCUCUCACAAA